GGGCACGUAUGAUUUGAAUGACUGCUGAUGGUUAUCUUUUCGUCAUAUUGUGGUCUUUGUGGUAUUUAGAAAGCUUCUUCGAGGUAACCGAAGGCAUUGAAUUAUGACAGAGCAGAAUUUUAAUCGUGAUAGGUCUUGGAUUGGAAGGCAGAGACCUAUAGAUGUAAAACUUUCAAAUUAUGCUGGAUUUUAUGACACAAGGUGUCUGUGGAAUGCCCGUAAUCAGCUUCAGAACACGGUGCAGCUACAAAAUGGCUUUGUUUGGGACCGGAUAAUACGGAAGACAGGCAUGAAUAAUCAACGUCCAUGGGACAUCUGGGGACAUCAUUCCACAUACUUCUCUGAGGCAGGUCUUGUUCCAAAUAUGGAGGAUAAUGCAGAAAAUAAUCAGCAGGUCUCCCAAGAGCAGAGCGUACUGGAAACCAGAAUUGAGACCUCUGAUGGGAGAUUCGAGUUGCAAACGGUUAAUUCUGGGAGGAGUGAAAAAUCUCAAGUAUCAGCUACAGUUACAUACCCAGAUUCAGCUAUAUGCAAAGAUGUGCAAGGAGAAAAAGAUACUACAGCUGAAGAUAAAGUUGAAAAUGUGAAUUUUUUAAGCGCAGGCUGUCAACAUGGCUCCGAGGAAACUGAUCCCAAAUUUAAAACCAGGAGUAAUACUAUUAAUGUGUCUGAUCACGAAGUUAUUGGGGUUUCAGAGGUAAACAUUAUUUUGAUAUCGGAUUCAGAGGAUGUUGAGGAUUUCAAUGGAGAGGUUAUAGAAGUGAAGGAUGAUCAAAGUCCAGCAGAAGCGAGUCCUACAGUUGUGUCAAUAGAUCCCACUUGUGACAGUGAACUUGGUGUCAGUGUUGUAGAAAAUGAAGAAAUCUUUGGUGGUAAGUCCGGCAAUGCUCAUUUGGACGUAGUUUAUAAAUGCGAUUUCUGUGAAUAUACAAAUGUUGAUCAUUUGCAAGUCCAGGAACAUUUGGUUAGAGACAGGCACUACCGGGCAACUCCAUAUGAGCUGCAUUUAUCAGGUGAAAUAGGAAGACAACAUGCCGGCAUAAGUCCAUUGACAGUUGAAGCAAAUAUGUUUAAAACUUUCUUGGUUGUUUGUCCAGUCUGUUUUAAAGUAUUUCCAGACAUUGAAGAGUGUUCCUUUCAUUUUUCAAAGUUUCAUUGCUCAAAGUUUCACGCACAGUAUUGCUAUGGUCUUUCUCCAGUAAAGAAAGAGUUUGUUAUUAGUCUUAAAAAUGAUUUAGUGUGCACAAUAUGCAGGAAAUCUCUUCGUUCUGCCCAAGCGUACAUAUCCCAUUGUCGUUCUCUUCGUCAUGUCCCAUGGCCACAGCUUGAAGAAGGUGAAGAGCAAAUCUCUAUUUGUUGUCGUCAUAAAAUGGAUGUCUUUCAUGAUUUCAAAUCUUUAAUACAUCAUCUUUUAAAUGCACACACAAAAAAUACAAACUGUGAAUUCAAUGUUAUUGUCUUCAAAGAACCUGUGAGGUGUUUAACGUUCAACAGAGCCGAAGACAAAGGCUUGCCACGGGCAAAGCGAAAACUAGGAUCAGAAUGUGUUGAGAAUGGACCUUCUUUGAAACAAAUAAGGGUAGAUUCUGGUUCAGGAAGUAUUGACACUGUGUGUCGUUUCCCAAACAACAGCCAAAUGAACAUGCAAACAGUGAAUGUCUUUAAAUGCGAUUAUUGUUCAGUCAUGUGUCUCUUGAAGGACGACAUGCAGUCACAUAUGAAUAAGGAGAAACACUAUAGCGCCAGUCUGGUGACAAAGGAUAAAUAUGGUAAACUGGGAUAUUUGAUAGAACCAUCUUUGCUCAAGAAUCCCUCUGCCCUCUUCGCUAGUAUUGUUGUGAUUUGUCCAUUUGAGCAGUGUGAGUGUGUAUUUGAGAGUCCAAGUACUUGCUCCCAGCAUUACCAACAUGGCCACGAUCAGAUGAGCGAACCAAAGUACGCCGUAAGCACUGUUGAAUCCUCAUCGUGGUUCACCAUCAGAGUGAGCAGGGACUUCACAUGCGGUGUGUGUCACACUGGAUUUUUAAAGUUGAAACAACUGAAUGCGCACUUAACUUCAGCCUCGCAUUUUCCUUUCAGCCAGAAACCGGGCCUCUUCACGUGCCUGCUUUGUCGAGUAUGUAAUUAUUUAACAGGGUCUUAUAAAACUCUCUACACUCACAUAAAGAGACAUGUCAAAGAGUCACUGACCGACCAGCAGAAUGUUCAGGUGUUGUAUGUGAGCAAGAAUAAGACGCUGCUCAGUCUGCCUCCGUUUCACCCCAACCAUCAGGGUGUUGUGAGGAGCUUGAAUAGUGAAAUAAGCGAGCUGAAAAGCAUAAAGAAAACUUUGGGGAAGAAGGCACGAAAAAGAGUUAAUAGCAAAAUCAGGCAGUUGAAAAAGUGCAUGUUCUGAAAAUAAAAUGGGAACUACAUCAUAUAUGUCAAAGAAAUAUUUUGUAUUGACACUGUUUCGUUUAUUAAUUUGUAUACACUAUAAAAAGGGGAGGGGUUAUUAUGGGUAUACUCGUGGCGGGCUUAAGCCCCUCAGGAGGAGUAUGUAUGCUCAAUAUUUCAAACUGUUUAAAUUGGAUCUUCAUUAAAUUAGGUAAAAUGUUUAAAGGCAUGAUAUCACAGCCAAGUUUGAUAACCAGCCAGGUGGCAUUAAGCACCUGUGGAAUUAAGGUCCUUGAAAGUUGAAUAAUACUUAAUUAUGGCUCUUCAAAAUAAAAAACAACUGAAGUUACAUUGUUUCGCUCUUCAUCAUUGAACUUGAUGGUAAACUGUGUUUGCAAAUAAUCUCUACAAAGUGUGAUAACCGUUUAAGAAUUAUGGCUCCGUAUUGAUCCUAAAUUUUCCAAAUUAAUGUUUUCUGGUAUCUUAAGGGUUUUUUGGUCAAUAACUUAAUGUGAUAUAAAAAAAUUUGAUUGCACUUACAAAAAUAGCAACUUUAUGAUUUUUAGCAUGUUGGGGCAAUGUCAUUAUAAGUAAAAGUAGAAAAAAUCAGUUCUUCUCCAUAUGGAUGAAAGUGUCAUCUUGAUUAAUGUGGGAUGGCAUUUUAUGCACAUGCAUUAAGCCCCGUUUUCCCAGUGCGCAGCUCAAUUUCAUUAUUACAUUCAACAUUGAUGACUGUGUUUCAUCUCAUGGCCAUGUUUGUUUUGUAUAUCCAUUAUUAUUUUUGUGCCAUCACAUGAACAACAAAUGAAUUCAUAAAUACUUCAUUCGCAGAUCUAUAAAACACAGACCUUUAAACCAGCGUAUUUUUAACCAGGUUUUCCGAAGGAAAAAACUGGCUAUUAGAUUGGCGAUGUCGGCUGGUGGGCUGGUGGGCGGAACAAGCUUGUCUGGGCCAUAACUUUGUCGUUCAUUGUCAGAUUUUAAAAUCAUUUGGCACAUUUGUUCACCAUCAUUAGACGGUGUGUCGCGCGAAAGAAUUACGUCGAUAUCUAUAAGGUCAAGGUCACAAUUUGAGUUUGAAGGUCAAAAAUGGCCAUAAUGAGCUUGUCCGGGCCAUAACUUUGUCGUUCAUUGUCAGAUUUUAAAAUAAUUUGGCACAUUUGUUCACCAUUAUUAGACAGUGUGUCGCUCGAAAGAAUUACGUCAAUAUCUCCAAGGUCAAGAUCACAAUUUGAGUUUGAAGAUAAAAAAUGGCGAUAAAUGAGCUUGUGUGGGCCAUUACUUUGUGAUUAAUUGUGAGAUUUUAAAAUCAUGUGGAACAUUUGUUCACCAUCAUUAGACAGUGUGUCGCUCAAAAGAAUUACAUCAAUAUCUCCAAGGUCAAGGUCACAAUUUGAGUUUGAAGGUCAAAAAUGGCCAUAAAUGAGCUUGUCUGGGCCAUUACUAUGUCAUUCAUUGUGACAUUUUAAAAUCAUUUGGCACAUUUGUUCACCAUUAUUGGACGGUGUGUUGCGCACAAGAAUUACGUCAAUAUCUCCAAGGUCAAGGUCGCCACAACUAAAAAUAGAUUUAUUUUAAAACAACUAUGUAACUAUGAACAAUCAGUAAAAAUGCACAUUUUGA